GAGAGGAACAGUGUUAGCAUUUCGAGUUUGGUGUGGGUUCUUCUGAUUCAGACUUCCAGCAUCCGCAGUAUUUUGCCUUAGUUUGAUAUGUCUGAAAUGAAUGUUUUGGAAUAUUCUGGGCGCAAUCUACAGACAUCCUCUUACAAAAAAAAAGUGAUGAGAAAACUGGGAUGAGACUUGGCGUCAGUGAGGGAUGCAGCCAGAGAGGGAGCCGGGUUACGGGGCUCCCUCUGCCGGCGGGCAGGACAUGUCAGAGCAGAGCCGAGCCUGGAAAUCCCCGCUGGAAAGUCCCGACGUGGUUUCCCUUCUCAUUUCGUUCGGUUUCUGUCUUCUGACUUUCGCCGAGGGAGGGGAGAUAGAGAGAGAAGAAAAGUAUCUGAAAAUCGAACUCAUUGUAAUGCGAGUGUAGUCCAGAGCCUGCAGCAGCUUUGCUGUUCAAGACGAGAGAAGUAGGAGGGGGGGAGGAGGGGCUCUGCACACUUUAAACAAGUCCAGAGCGAGAGGGCGUUGAAAACCCAUUUAACCGGGGCUACUGCAGAAGAUGGCAGCCGAAGGCAGUUUGUUGCCUCAGUUUCUGUUCGCCAGUAACUUGACGAAGACGGUGAGGCUCAGGGAGAGGAUCGCCAAUGACCUGGUCAGACCGAACUGCACCAAUGGUUUGAUUCACCAUUUCAGGAGCCUUCACAGGUACACAGUGGAGCUGUUCCGACUGAGUCAUUUCAACCUUCGGUUCAGGACUAAAAUCCAAGACGCUCUGUUUGACAAGGCCCAGGAGACGGCCCUUCAACAAAACAGGAACCUUAACUGGUGUAGAGAGGUCAAGAAACUUGUGCCUUUGAAGACAAACGGUGAUGGAAACUGCUUGUUGCAUGCCACGUCCCAAUUUAUGUGGGGAAUUCAGGACAUUGACCCUAUCCUUCGCAGAACACUAUGGGAAGCUCUAAAAGAAACAGAUACCAGAAACUUCAAAUUACGGUGGCAGAUUGAAUGUGUCCGAUCACAAGAAUUUGAAGCCACGGGUCUCCAGUAUGAUACUAAGAACUGGGAUGAAGAAUGGGAGAAGGUGGUGAAAAUGUCGUCUGUAGUUUCACAUUUAGGUCAGCCUGGGCUACCUUUCGAUUCACUAGAAGAAAUUCACAUCUUUGUUCUUGCCAAUAUCCUUAAAAGACCAAUAAUUGUUAUUGCUGCAGACAGGGUGUUGAGAAGCUUUGGUACCAACACAAGCUUGGCUCCCUUGCAUUUUGGAGGAAUUUAUCUGCCAUUGCAUUGGCCACCACAAGAAUGCUAUAAAUAUCCUAUAGUAUUGGGCUACGACAUGCAACAUUUUUCUCCACUUGUUACCAUCAAUGACAGGAGUCCAGAAAUUCGUGCUGUUCCAUUGGUCCACAACGAAAGUAGACGAUUUGAAGAGUUCACAGUGCACUUUCUAAUACCAAAAGAGGAGGAAAAUAAAGCCAAGCUGCUGGAGGAUUACUUCAGUCUGAUUGAAAUACCAGUCCAGGGUGUGGAGUUUGGAACUACUCAUUUAAUUAAAGCUGCGAGGUUGGAUGAAGGCAACCUUCCAGAAGACUUGAAUUUAGUGGAGGAUUACUAUCAGCUGGUGAAUCAUGAAUACAAAAGGUGGCAGCAGAACCCAGCUGAGAGCAAUAGGCCUGCUCAUAACCAGAUCCGAAUGAAUAAUGCUACGUACCUUGGGUCCCUCAUAGAAGAAAAGUGUGCCACAUACGGAUGCCUUUUCUACUGCUCUGUAGAGACAAAGCCAUUUUGUCAUGAGUGUUUUGAGCAGGCAAAGAGCACAAAGAUGGACAGCAACCCAAAAAAUGGUGAGCAGCAGCAGAAAAAGAAAGGGUGUUGUCGUCCUCGGACUGAGCUGGUUAUCACUGCGACCACACCUACAGAACCAGAGCGAUCAUCUCGACCACGCUCAGCACCACCAACAGCUCCUAGUCUUUCUCUCUUCAGUGAAACAAAUGCCAUGAAAUGCAAGGUUCCCAAUUGCCCCUUUACCUUAAAUGUGCAGCACAAUGGACUAUGUGAGCGGUGCUUUAAGACGAGGUCAGCUGUGCCAGGCAACACGACUGAUAAUAGGACUGCUGAGGUGAGAAUGCCUUGUCACAGAGAGUCCAGCUCCGAGAGAGUGGGUUCAACCUGGGAGAAUACAAGGACUAAACAAGGUGCUGGUAACCUGUUGCAUCAGGAGCACAAUCGGUGUGACAGAUGUCACCAGGACACUCUGCCGACGAUUAAUGGAUUGUGUAAUAUGUGCUUGUUGAGGACAUUUCAAGGAAAUAGCACUGCUUCCCAUGAGGACUCUGGCUCUUUCCGUUCAGGCCAUGAGAGGUCACAUUCAGACCCAAGCCAGAUUAUAAGGAAUACGGGCCACCUCUCCCCUCCUGAUCAAUACCAGACCUCUCAUGUAUGGACUUCUGCUGUUGGGCCGCAGGUUCCUCAAAGCAGCCAGAAGGGCCGAGCCACCUAUGUCCCUGAGGAAUCGAAAGAAGGUUUCCAGCCGUGUAAGAACUCUGGGUGCCACUAUUUUGGAACAAAGGAGCAUGAGGGUUAUUGCACCAUCUGCUUUAUUGAAUAUAGGAGAAACCUUGAUGAAACUGUUAAUCAGAACAGAAUGCAAAGGAAUGUGCAGCCUUCUCACCGGCCACCUCAGACUGAUCCCCGAUUCCAGAACAUGGCUCGUUGUCAGGGGAAAGACUGCAACACAUUUGGAAAUAGUCAUUUUGAAGGAUAUUGCCAAAAAUGUUUUAUAGAUACACAGUAUCAAAGAUACAAUGAAGCAACCGGAUCGAGAGGCCAUUCCAGCUCAAAUGCAUCACAACAUCGACCUUCUGACCGCAAUGAGUUGAGAAGCCAGAGGAUUAAAUGUGCAAAAAACUAUUGUAACAGCUACGUAACAUCCAGCGAAGGUGAACUUUGUUUAGAAUGUCGACAUAACAAUCGUGGCAUCACCCGAGAUCCUCUCCUAAAUCACCCACCAAAGCAGCGUUGCCAUGCCACUGGCUGUGACCAUUUUGGCAAUAAUAAAUGUAACGGGUAUUGCAAUGAAUGCUAUGCUUUCAUUUCUACUUAUGGAAGAAAAUAGACCUUCAGUGCAAAUAAUAAAUGCAAAGGAUGUUUUUUUCUGCAUAAGGAUAAACUGUUUUUCGUACCACUCUGAAAGAGUGAGCCUUCAGUCUCUCAUGGAUAUUUCAGUACAAAAAAUUAGGUUUUGUAAAUAUUUUCUGUGAUUUUAUUUAUUACAAUAAUAACUUGUUUUUGUGUUAAUCUUUAUUUCAUAAACCAUAAAACAAGCUGUAAUUUUUCUGUACUUUAUUGUAACUAUAACUUGAAUAUAACUCUAAUAAUUGUGUAAGUGAACGAUAGCCCUGAAAUAAAUUAUUUUCAAAAUCUAUGAUGAAUAAGCAAAUUUAUUUUACAGUUUCAGUUGGUGUGUCUGUAACAUUUUCGCAUACAAGAAUAAGAGUUGAUGUUACUACGGAUGAGCGCAAAACGUUGCAGCACUUAAAUUGAGAAAAGAGACUGAUGUAGUUAAUUUUUGUAGAGAACGAAUUCAAGUAUGUCUUUUAGCCUAAUUUUGAAAGUGUCAUGAUGAAUUUGUAUGAGGAUUUACUUGGCAUAAGUUAGGAACAAAAUCAAAAACCUAUAGGGUUUUUUUGUAAAAUAGGAAAUAUUUGCAUGUAGUUCCUUGUCUUUUGAGUACUAAAGCAUAAUGCUAAUAGCUCCUGAAAUAAAAACAACAUUAGAGAUUUAAAUUGUUCAAAACUUUGUAUUAGCC